GCCAGCCACGUGUACGGUGAUAAGCUUUUUAGUGAUGAAGGAUUUUUGUUAUCGUGAAUGGGCCCACCAUCCGCAACAGCCCACUUUAUCCGAUUUUCUCGCGACCCGAAACGAGAAUAUUUCCCAGGACUGGGGGCAAGUACGGAACAAAAGAAUAUGCCUACCACUUGCCAGCUCAACACGACGCGAGACGCUAAAAAAAAGGAAAUUGAAAUUCCAAAAUCUCGCGGUUGUAAAUUGUGAAAAUCUCGUAGUCAUCGUCAUCGUUGGGACACCUAUAUUAAGGAGGGAAUAUCGGCAGCCAUUUUCAUCAUUCAUUCAUCUUCGUGGGCCUUUCACGGAGAGAGAGGAAGAAGAAGAGAAGAAUAAGCCAUUGCAGUUUCCAGCGAUUCUGAAAUCCCUAGUUCAAAAUAAUGGCGUUCACGAAAACCCUAGCUGAGCGCCUCUUCAAAAUCUCCAGAAUCUCGACGAAUCAGUCCAUGACCAACUGCCGGAUCUCUUCCUCCGCCACCGCCCGCAGCCGGAUCCCUCAGGGAAAGCCCAGUAUUGCUCCCGAUCCCGGAGAUAAUGCCGGAUUCCGCCGAUUGUUCCACCGGAAGGCGGCGACGGAGCGUCCGUCGACGAAGCCGUUCCAGGUCGGCGCGGGGGGCAGCCUGAUGGAUAAGCUCAGGGCGUUCGACAUUGUCCGAAACCGGGUUCGAUUGGACGGGCUGGUCCCUCCACCGCCGGUGGUAGAGGAGGAGUCGCCUUUGGCGGCGGCGAUGGCGACAAAGGAGGAUGAGCUGACGGUGGACGACGCGAGGAAGCUCCUCCGAGUGGCGCGAUUGGAGAUGGUGAAAUCGAAGCUGCGAGACGCGGAGAGAAACUGGAUGCCGCGAUCGGAGUUCGUUCGGAUCUGCGGUGAAGUUUGUUCGGAUCCGGAUGAUGCGAGUCGGGUCGCCCGGACGCUCGACGAGUCCGGCACCGUUAUCGUCUUGGGAGAUGCAGUGUUCCUCAAACCGAAACAGGCGAGAAGGAACCCACCCCAUAGCUCUGUCUCUCUGUUUCAACAGUGACAAAGAUUGAUUCUUUUUUCGUCUGAUUAAUAUGGUCCUACUAAGACUUUGAUUGGGUUCCAACUUAUGAAUCCAACCAAGCCUUGCUAUCACCAUUUUGGAUCAACUAAGCGCCUCAAAACCUUUUGGGGUGGGGGAUGAAAGGGUUAAAAGUUAAAACGAGUUCUGUUAUCUAUGGGAAACAGGGGAAUAUUUGGGGAGGGUUAUGAUUUGGGGAAGAUAUAUAGAAUUGGAUCGUAUGGUAUAAUCUAGCAAAGUUAGCAACCAAUUGGGUCCUUAGUAGAUUAGGAUUUGGUGUGGAUAAUAGGGAUUGAAAUACAUGAUAUGCAUAGGC